AUGGAUUACGUGCAGAAGACGAAACGCUUGAAGCUGCUGAGGAAACCAGUAGUGUACGACGCAGAUAGUGUCUCCAAGGUGCAUACAAGUCCUGCGACGAUGGGAAAUAAUCGAAAGGGUAUUGGCGAAAUAAUUUCCAAAUUCGCCGAUCACAUUCCGAGGCAGUGGAGUCCCGAUGAUGCAAAACCACCAGAGAUCUACGUAAUGCUUAUCUUCUUGAUGAUCAGCUUAUUGGGAAUAUAUUAUUUUGAGACGUCAAACAACCAGAUGUCAAAAACAACGAUGGUUCAAACAUUCAAAAACGUCGAUCGUGCAUUGUUCGAACUGCAACUUGAAGUCAGUCACUUAAGGAAACAAUUGGAACGUACGAACGAUCCGGAUAAUAUUGAGAAGAGAAUCACGGAUGCCUUGGAUCUUUACGACGCCGACAAAGUUGGCAUGAUAGAUUUCGCUUUGAAAAGUGCAGGAGCUUCUAUUGUCGAUACGCCGGAUACCAAACCACAUCCCACCAAAUUGGUCUUCUACGCGUGGGGAAUUUUCGAGUUCAAACUGUACUCGAAGCCGGAGUCUCUGCUCACACCUGGAACACAACCUGGCGAUUGUUUUUCUUUCAGUGGAAGCAGCGGUCGCGUUCAGAUCCGUUUACCAAGACUGGUCGAAAUUGGAGCUGUGACUAUUGAUCAUGUCAGAGCUAAUUUGGUUAAAGAUAGAACAAGCGCCCCAAAGGAUUUCAAAAUUAUUGGUUUCAGUGAUUCCGACAAAGAACCACAACUUUUGGGCGAAUUCGUGUACAACAUCGAUGGUCAACCGGUGCAGACCUUUAAAGUUUCCAGUUUGGGGAAGAAAUUUCGUUACGUUGAGUUGAAUGUUGCGAGCAAUUACGGCAACCAAGAGUAUACAUGCGUUUAUAGAAUUAGGAUUCAUGGACAGGUGUAAAUCUAUUGCAGUUCCUCCACUAAAUGUUCUUUAUUACUUGUUCAUUGAUUCA